GCAUGGAGUGUUUCUCGGGGAGAUUUUGCAUUGCGCUAGCACGUCCGUUGACGCAAUUCCACAUCGGUCCCAUCCAUCCUAACCCAACGCUUAAAAGUAAACCUGGGCAAGCGAGAACGCACGUUUACCCCAGGCCAGAAUCUAGCUGGGUCUGGCGUAGUCCGUGAGUGAUUUUGCGGAGAAGGUACGUACUCGGAAGCUCCGAUAUGCCCAAAUCCCUCGAUGCCGGCUCAACCUCAUCAUGCACCCACCGGCUACAGUACACGGAUACGAAAAUGCUGGUACCCAUGGGGUUAUAAGCGGAGUAAAAGGGAGGGCAACAUGCGGGGCACGUCCAUAUCUGGUCUUGUCGUCACGGGCGAUGCGAAAAUUUGCCCUCUAGUCCCUGGUGCAUCCCGUCCUUCGCGAAGCAUAAAGCUGGCGGUAUAUCUCUGAAUGAUCAGCAUCGGACCGGAAAUCAUCUCAUCAUGCCUUCCCAUCUCUCUGUCCUCGCAGCCAUCGGUGGCCUGCUCACAUUUGGACACGCCCAAAAUUCGUCAGCCCCUUCAGCCUCAAGUACAUCGACGUACUCGCAACCCAACGUACCGACUGGGGUCCCGAUAUCAGGCGAUUACGAUGAGCCGCUUCGACCUCAAGUACAUUUCAGUCCACCUGCUGGAUUCAUGAAUGAUCCAAACGGCAUGUACGUGGACGAAGACGGAGUAUAUCACCUGUACUACCAGUACAACCCGACCGAGAACGUUGCAGGAAACCAACACUGGGGCCACGCGACCAGUAAAGACUUGUACACAUGGACAAACCAGCCCAUUGCCAUCUUCCCUGGUGGUCCCACCGAAGGCGUUUUCUCAGGAUCUGCCGUCAUAGAUCACAACAACACUAGCGGCUUCUUUCCGAACCAGACCAACGGUGUAGUCGCCAUCUACACCAUCAAUGUUCCCGAGAACCAGACUCAGCACAUUGCCUACUCCUAUGACAAUGGAUACUCCUUCACCAAGUACGAGAACAACCCUGUCAUCGUUCCCGGUGGAACCAACCCCACUCAGUUCCGCGACCCGAAGGUUAUCUGGUACGAGCCCACUGAGAGUUGGGUCAUGGUCGUGGCGUACCCCAUCGACUUCAAGAUCGGCAUCUUCACAAGUCCUAACCUGAUUGACUGGACUCCCACCAGCAACUUCUCCAGCUACGGCAUCACUGGUCUGCAGUACGAGUGCCCGAACAUGGUAGAAAUGCGCGUGCAGAACUCUACUGCCAGCGACGAGUCCAAGUAUGUUAUGUUGAUUUCCAUCAACCCUGGAGCUCCUCUCGGCGGAUCUAUCACGGAAUACUUCGUCGGCACCUUCAACGGCACGCAUUUCGAAGCUGAUGACGCUCGAACCCGGCUCACGGACUUUGCAAAGGACAACUACGCUGGUCAGUUCUUCUAUGGUAUCCCCGCCGACAAGGACCAGGUUACGCUCAACUGGGCAAGCAACUGGCAGUACACCAACGUCGUUCCCACUGCAGGCGAGGAAGUAGGCGAUGGUUUCCGCAGCGUCAUGACAGUACCCAGAGGCCACUACCUCAAAGACCUGCCCCGCCAGGGUCUGUCUUUGAUCUCAUAUCCCUCCAACAUCAUGUCAAUCGUCGAAAAGGAGCUUGCUUCAAGCGACAUCACUAAUAACGGUACUGUCUUCGUAGACUACUCCACCGUUGAGUCGGGUGCACUAUACUUUGAAGCCAAUGUCACUGGACUUACCGGUGGCCCUUCUCUCGCCGGAUCUAUCAGCUUCACCUUCCAAUCUUCGGUUUCCGGCGAGUCAAUCUCAGGUGGUACUUUCCUCUCAUCUGGCGAUGUUUGGCUAGACCGUGGAAAGACCGAGGCUUUCCAGAGCCCUUACUUCAACGACAAGUUCACUGCUACGGGUCUUUACGACGAGAGGCAGGGCUCAUGGAAGAUCUCGGGCAUUAUUGACAGGAGUAUCAUUGAAAUCUUCCUGAACGAAGGCGAACUUGGCGCAACUGCAGUGUUCUUCCCAACACAGCCGCUCGACAAAAUGAUGCUGGAGGUGUCGGGACUGAAUGAGACUGUAACAGCGAGUGUUGGCGUUUGGUCUCUGAAGGCUGCUUGGUUGAACCAGGCAGAUGCCAACGGUACAGUUGUCGGUAACACGACCGAGGGUGGCAGCGCAACUCUAGGCCCUGCAAAACUCUUUUAAGCAUCAUAGUAUAAUACAAUAGCAUAUAUGCAAUAUGAACACCCAAGGCGGACUCACACUCCC